UCCAAAGUUAACAAUGAAAAUGGCUGCUAUGGGUUUCAUACCUGGCGACGGCGAGAGAAAACAAGCGGGAGAGGAUGCAGAGAGCUCAGAGAGGAGUGGCAAUGAAGAGGAAAAUGAGGACCUGUCAUGUGAAGAGGAGGAAGAAGGAAGUGCCGGGAAGGUCGAAGCCGGUUCGUUGAAGCUCCGCGUUGCCGUGAGCUCGGCCCAGACCAAGAAGAAGAAACACAAGCACCGCAGCAAACACAAGCGACAGAAGCACGUCUCCCCAGAGGUCAAGGAGCGGCGCCACGGGCACCGGCACAAGCACAAGAGGCACAAGCGUAAAGACAACCCCUCAACCGAUGUCUUCUCAAACUGUGGCGAUGACGACGCUUCCCUGUACUCCUCCUCUGCCAAGCACCCAAGACUGGAAGAUGAUGAGAUGGCACUUCUGGAGGAGCUGGAGAAACAGAGGGCCCUGAUCCAAGCCGAGCUAGAUGGUGAACUGACUGAGGGGGGCAUGGGGGUACAGUCGGACAUGGGGCUCAUACUCCAGGGCUUCCACUCUGAAGAGGAGGAGGAUGGGGAGCUUCAGGUGGAGAGGGAGCACAAUGGGCAGCACUGGUGUAUAGGGGCAACAGGUCCCGGGUCCGGCUCAGGCUCACAGACCGCUAAGGACACCUGUAGAGGACGGCGAGAGUCGACAGAUGCCGGAAAAGCUAAGCAGAGCAAUCCCAAUAAAAAUGCCAGGAAGAGCAGGACAGACGGGAAGACCAAGGAUCGGAUGAGAGGACGGAGCACGUCCAGGGAUAGAGACGGCAGAAGACAUUCCAGGAGUUCAGUGUGCUUUAGGACUCCUCCUGGCACCAGCAAGCAGCCUUCCCCACCGGCUCAGAGCAGAGGAGCCCAAAACCAGGAGCCCAGCGGCAGCAACCACAAGUCACCCGAGCACUACAAGGCCAGGUGGCCAGAUAAGGAAGGGGACAAGAAGGCGACCAAGUCCCCCGCCAAGGAUGCUUCCUCUGGGAAGGAGAACCGCUCUCCAGGCCUGCGAGGGAGGCCGCCAGGCCCCGCCCUCCAGCUGCAGCGCAGCACGUCCCCAUCACAAUGUCAGAACUCCCUGGAUUCAUCCUCAGGCCCCCAGGCAGCUGAGCGAAGGGCCAUGUCACCGUCACCACCCAGAGGGGGUCACCCACGCUCCCCGGAGAGUCGAAGGAGAGUGAUUGACCGACUGAGACUUCCACCUGGCAGGAUGUGGAGCCAGGAAGAGGCAGGGGUCCGUAGGGACACUAGCCCGGCCCUAGAUGCCCGGCGACGGUUCAGCCGCUCACCUUUCAGGCGGAGAUCGCGCUCUCCCAGGAGAUGCAGCAGGUCACCAUUCAGGAGGAGGUCGUUGGAUCGGUUGGGACGGAGGCUGCGGUGGCGUUCCAGAUCCCAGGAGAGGAGAUGGAGCCGGGACAGAGAGGACAAGUUCAAAGGCAGCCUCUCGGAGGGAAUGAGGGUCGACAAGGAGGACUCUGAAGAUGAAGUGCUGGAAGAUUACGAUGUGGAUGAGGAGGACGAGGAGGCUCUCAUUGAACAGAGGAGGCUACAGCGCCUGGCCAUCGUCCAGAAGUACAAGGGAGGGAACGAGGGUAGUAACAUGUCGGCACCAUCGGAGCCCGGCAGCCCCCAGAGCAGCCUACGCAGCCGCUCGCCGUCGCCAGACGACAUCUUGGAGCGCGUGGCGGCCGAUGUCAAAGAGUAUGAGCGGGAAAACGUGGACACCUUCGAAGAAAACAUUAAGGCAAAGCACAACCUCAUCGAACAGGAAAAAGACGAAGGAACCAACCAGAAAAAAACAUCCGCCCCUGAUAUGUUCACUGAAUCGGAUGACAUGUUCGCCGCCUACGAUAGUGCAAGGCUUCGAGCAGCAGGCAUUGGGAAGGACUUUAAGGAGAACCCCAACCUCCGAGACAACUGGACAGACGCAGAGGGAUACUACCGACUAAAUAUCGGGGAGAUACUGGACAAGCGGUACAGCGUGUACGGCUACACGGGCCAGGGAGUGUUCAGCAACGUCAUCCGCGCCCGAGACUUGGCCCGCGCCAGCCAUGAGGUGGCCAUCAAGAUCAUUCGGAACAACGAGCUCAUGCAGAAGACUGGGCUGAAGGAGCUGGAGUUCCUUAAGAAGCUCAACAAUGCUGACCUGGACGACAAGUUCCACUGUCUGCGGCUCUUCCGACACUUCUACCACAAGCAGCACCUCUGUCUGGUCUUCGAGCCUCUCAGUAUGAACCUGCGCGAGGUACUGAAGAAGUAUGGCAAAGAUGUGGGCCUCCACAUCAAGGCGGUGCGCUCUUACAGCCAGCAGCUCUUUCUGGCCCUGAAGCUGCUGAAACGCUGCAACAUCCUGCACGCCGAUAUCAAACCUGACAACAUCCUGGUCAACGAGUCGAAAACCAUCCUCAAGCUCUGUGACUUUGGUUCAGCGUCACACGUGGCAGAGAAUGACAUCACGCCCUACUUGGUCAGCCGGUUCUACAGGGCGCCGGAGAUUAUCAUCGGGAAGCCUUACGACUAUGGGAUCGACAUGUGGUCCGUUGGCUGCACUCUGUAUGAGCUGUACACGGGCAAGAUACUUUUCCCAGGGAAAACCAACAACCACAUGAUUAAGCUCGCCAUGGACAUCAAGGGCAAGAUGCCCAACAAGAUGAUCAGGAAAGGCGUGUUCAAGGACCAGCACUUUGACCAGAACCUCAACUUCCUGUACACAGAAGUAGAUAAAGUCACUGAAAGGGAGAAGGUGACAGUGAUGAGCACCAUCAACCCCACCAAGGAGCUGCUGGCUGACAUGGUGGGCUGCCAGCGUCUCCCUGAAGACCAGCGCAAGAAGGUUGCCCAGCUCAAGGACCUGCUGGACCUGACCCUUAUGUUGGACCCGGCCAAGAGGAUCAGCAUCAACCAGGCCCUGCAGCACCCCUACAUCCAGGAGAAGAUCUUCUGAGCAUCUCUUACUGUACCACUCACAGUCAUGCAUUGAUUGAUUGACACAUCCAGAAGCUAGUACUGAGUCCCUAGUUUGACUAUGGUUGGACCCCACCCCAGCCCAAGAAAUUGAUUUAUUUGAGCUGGCAGACUCUGCUGAUGGAGAGGAAGUAGUAUUAUCUUUCUUCCCCUGUUUGAACAACACACACAUGCUCUCCUGUUUUACAUUGAUCUAAGGACUUGUAUUAUAUAACCAUAGUAGGGGUGUGAACGUUUAUAUGUUUAAUCGAAAUUGAAUCCUUAACGUUAAGGAGAAAAAUGAAACUGUGGUUUUUUUUUUCUACAAAAUUUAAAUCCCAGUGCAGUUAUCACAAAACUACCACUAACAGGUCCUGAUCAUCAUAAAGGGAAUAGGCCUACCUAACACAACAAUGCUGUAACGUUAGUAAGAGGGGAUAUGCAUCCGCACGUCAUCGUCGUUAACAGUUUGAAAAAAAGUGCUUAUUACAGUUGGUAUGCAUCUGUUUUCAAUGGACUAUUUGAGUUGUGAGGUCAUUUGUUAAAUGAAGAACUGCAAACGCCAUUUGAGCCUCGACUCACGCUACUGAAACGGGUGCGUCUUUCUCAUAAAUUUCACAGUUUACUCCCAUUUCAACAGGGUGUUAUUCCUUUUAUAAUGGUAGUUGAGACAUAUAGUUAACAGCAUUAGAAAGCUAAAAUUAUUCCCUUUUUAACCAACCUGUAUUUAGUGGGAUUUCUUUUGCCCUGUGUUUUAUUUGUGAGCUUAAACUUGGUGGCAGGCUUUUGUUAAUCAUGAAAUAAAGUAGACCCCUAGACUAUUGAAUACACAAUUUGCCUUCAUCAAAAUAAUGUUUUUGUUUCAUAUUUUAUUAUGGAACCUGCCUAGGUUUAGGGGGGGUUGUAACCUAUUCUAAAUGGAACACUAUAGCAGUUCACAAAAAAAGCCUAAAAUAGCACUGCAGUUAUUCCAAAUCUGCAGCGCGUGGCUGGAACACAUUUCCCUACGUUAAUCAACCAGUCCAUUUUGAAUUUGUGAUAAAACUGUCGUGAUUCGGCAAGGAAUGUAGUUUGUCUACAGUUUUGUUUGUGUAUCCCAUCAGUUCGAUACAUUUUUAUAGGCAUUAAUACUAUGAAAUUGUGAAAAUUAUGAUAAUGCCCAUUUAGUGUAAGAGCUGUUUGAGAAGACAGCCUGAAAUUUCAACCUGUUUUGGUGAGAUGAAGUUUUGGCCUGCCUGGUGACAUCACUGGGCGGGAAAUUAGUUAAGACCAAUAAGAAAAAGUUCCAAACCUCUCUUUCAAUAACGGUUCAUUUUCAGUUUCUCUUCCCCACUAAGAGCACUCCCAGACAGUCCUAGCAAAAUUCUUGCUUGUGAAAUUGCUGUUAGCUAAGAAGCUAUUUUUGUUUCUUUUUGACCAUUUUAAUUGAAAACAUUCACGGUAAGGUACUUAAUUGUUACCCAGAAAUGAUUUGAUAUUGAGAUAAAAAUGGCUGUAUUAGACCUUUAAGGCCUAAUGGGAGCUUGGGUGCGCAUCGGAUCGUAAUUUCACCUGCAGAAGCCUAUUCCAGAUGCCACCAACUGUAAGCCCACGGUAAAACUUCAUUUCCCCCUAGCGGUCAUACCAUGCAAUAUGAUUUGACAUGGAAUUUUGUUAAAUGUUCUUAUCGUUUUAACGGGGGGGAAAACUUUUUUUAAAUGGCAGUUUGAACAUUAAGAAAUAUUUUCCAUUUGUCACAUCCCUAAACCAUAGUAGGGCUCCAAGCAGAAUGCCUGCUUUACAACAUAUUUUCCAUCUCCGCCUACCUGCAAGUCAGAUAAAAAGCUUAUAAUGACGCAUAACUAUCUCAUGGACAGUAAGGCAUUCAUAAAGAGUUUGAGAUACAUCCACUUGGAUUUUCAGUUUUUGAUUGGCCCCUUGCAGGUGACUGAAGGUGGAUGAUAUUGUAGCUGUAAAAACAUAAUUCUGAUUGUUGGGGUUUACUGUCAUUCAUGAGUUGCCAAGGCUGUGACGAGCAGGGAGGGGGUCCAGAUAAUGAUCACAGUUAUUUAACUUGGGCUUUGUUUGAUUGGUCGCAACCCAAUUGUUCGUAACCCAAUGCCCUAAACCUUUUGCAUGGGAUGUUUGUACAGUCUGUAGAAGGUGAAGUCUUGCAGACUUGGCAGCUCCUUUGACUUACUAUUAUUCUGUGCGGUUAUUACCUGUCAUGCCCUGUGUUGUGUUGUGUUGUUGGUGCAGGGCCAGUGUAAAUGCUAUUUAUAUCUACGUCUCCCCCAGGUAUUGAAAAUCCAGAGUGCUCCCCCACCCACCCCGUCCCCCACCCUGGUGUCUGUGCAGGCUCUGGUCCGCAUGCCCGUUCUGCCGCUGCCUGUAGGUCUGUCAGUGCUGAAAACCCAAACGGUUGGGGGUCCUUGGGUCCUACUUGAGCCCACCUGCAGGGAUGGCCCCUCAUGUUUAAAGCAGAUUGUAUACCACUUUCAGUACAUUGAAGGUAAGCUAUCCCCCCUCUUCCAAAAAACAAAACCCAUCAACUUCACCUGGUUAUUACCUCGUAUGUUUAUUUAUUUUUUAAAUAUAUUUUAAUAUUGUACACAUUGUUUUAGCCAGAUGCCCCCAUAGACAUGGUUUACAUGUUGUUUAAAAAUAUGUCAAAGACAAACUGGAUAAAAGUAAACUUAAUCAAGUCACGCACCCAAAUUGUGGAGAGGAAGUUGGGUCUGGUAUGGGGGGGCUGCAUCCAACAAGCUAUGAUGGACAAGAGCACCUUCAGUGUACUUAUCUUAAUGGAACAGCUCAGAAUUUCUUGCUCUCCUGUAACGAAUACCUUUUUGUUUUUCAUGUGUUCCCUUGAUACAAUGUUAGAAACUGCAUGUGAGGAUAGCAGACUUGCUAUGUAUUCAAACUCAUGUGUUGCAAUUAUUUUAGGCAUGUUCCUCUAAAAAAAGAAGGAUAUUUAAGUGUUUUGUUUCCCUCUAUCAUUGGUUUUCAUGUUUUGUAUGACCAUGUUGUCUUUUGAUACAGGGAUAUUUCUUCUCUGAGCUUUGAGUCUGCUUGUUAUGAGCGGUAAUUGCCUCUACUUUAUUUUGUGUUAUAUAUUUUAAUGUUCUUAUAGGAGCAAAACAGAAAUAAAAGAGCCCACACAUGUGUA